GGGAGGCAGGCGGGAGGGGAGGGGAGGGGAAGGACCGAGAAGCAGGGGCUGGCUCGCCUUGAGGAGGAGCCGAGGCGCCCCCAGCCCCCGUGCCUUGCCUUUGCCCACCCUCCGGAACCAGGAGGCCUCGCAGCCGGGGCAGGGGGGGCUGGGUGUGUGUGUGUGUGUGUGUCUGGGGGGGGGUCCUUGGGUGGAUGCGUCUUGUGCGGCGCCUUUCUCUGAUAGCGACGCCCCGAGGGGGGAGCCAGCCCUGCCUCCUUGCCUCCAUCGCCGGGAAGGAGAGGGCCACCGCCUGGCCUGCGGGGGCUCCGGGCCGGGGCCGAGGAGGAUGGCUUAGGGCCCCUGGAUGGAGGAAGCCCCGAGGAGAGCACCCAGCAAGGCCAGCUAUUGCUUCCCACACUCUGGGAUGACCAGAGUGGCUCCCAGUUGCUGACAGUUCCAGCAUCACGUGCAGCAUGGCCCGGCUCAUCCAUGCCCUCUGGAGUCUCUGCAUCACCACCGUCCUUGUCACUUCAGCCACACAAGCAGGUCUAAGCCGUGCUGGCUUACCCUUUGGUCUGGUUCGUCGGGAACUGGCAUGUGAGGGCUAUCCUAUUGAGCUGCGCUGCCCAGGCAGUGAUGUCAUCAUGGUGGAAAAUGCCAACUAUGGGCGCACUGAUGACAAGAUCUGUGAUGCUGACCCCUUCCAGAUGGAGAACGUGCAGUGCUACCUUCCAGACGCCUUCAAAAUCAUGUCCCAAAGGUGCAAUAAUCGGACACAAUGUGUCGUGGUGGCUGGUUCAGAUGCUUUCCCAGACCCAUGCCCUGGCACCUACAAGUACCUGGAGGUCCAGUAUGACUGUGUUCCCUACAAAGUGGAACAGAAAGUAUUCGUUUGCCCGGGGACACUGCACAAGAUCCUGGAACCUACCUCAGCUCAUGAAUCAGAGCACCAGUCUGGAGCCUGGUGCAAGGACCCACUUCAAGCUGGGGACCGUAUAUACGUCAUGCCAUGGAUCCCUUACCGGACAGACACACUUACAGAGUAUGCAUCAUGGGAGGACUAUGUGGGUGCCCGACACACCACCACAUAUCGCCUACCCAACAGGGUUGAUGGCACAGGCUUUGUGGUGUAUGAUGGAGCAGUCUUCUACAACAAGGAACGGACACGCAACAUUAUCAAAUAUGAUUUGCGAACACGCAUUAAAAGUGGAGAGACGGUCAUCAACACGGCUAAUUAUCAUGACACCUCACCCUACCGUUGGGGUGGCAAGACUGACAUUGACCUGGCUGUGGAUGAAAAUGGACUAUGGGUCAUCUAUGCCACUGAAGGCAACAAUGGACGGUUAGUGGUGAGCCAGCUCAAUCCCUACACGCUACGUUUUGAGAACACGUGGGAGACUGGAUAUGACAAACGCUCAGCAUCCAAUGCCUUCAUGGUGUGUGGGGUGCUCUAUGUGGUCCGGACAGUCUAUGUGGAUGAUGACAGUGAGGCAGCUGGUAACCGUGUUGACUAUGCCUUCAACACUAACAUGAACCGUGAGGAACCCAUCUCAUUGACGUUCCCAAACCCCUACCAGUUCAUCUCCUCCAUUGACUACAAUCCACGUGACAACCAACUUUAUGUAUGGAACAACUACUUCGUCCUGCGAUACUCCCUCGAGUUUGGCCCACCUGAUCCUAGCACUGGUCCUGUCACCUCGACACCACUCAGCACUACAACCACCAUCCGUCCCACCACAAUCACAAGCACAAUUUCAUCUGCUGCAACAACAACAACACGACAGGCUCCACUCACCACCCAUCCCAUUGGUGCUAUAAAUCAGAAGGGCACAGAGCUGCAUCCAGUCACAGCCAUUAUGCCCAGCACUCGCCGUCCACCAGCAAAUAAUCAGCAUCUCUCUCCGGAACUCUUCUGUGAGGCUAAAGAGGUGCGACGUGUCCAGUGGCCAGCCACACAGCAAGGCAUGCUGGUUGAAAGACCUUGCCCUAAGGGCACACGAGGCAUUGCGUCCUUCCAGUGUCUUGCAACUCUUGGAAUCUGGAACCCACGGGGGCCUGAUCUCAGUAACUGCACAAGUCCUUGGGUGAACCAGGUGGCGCAGAAGAUCAAGAGUGGAGAGAAUGCAGCCAACAUUGCCAGUGAGCUUGCACGCCACACACGUGGUGCCAUCUAUGCUGGAGAUGUCAGCUCCUCUGUCAAACUGAUGGAGCAGCUCCUGGACAUUCUGGAUGCACAGCUUCAAGCACUGCGCCCCAUUGAGAGAGAGUCAGCUGGCAAGAAUUAUAACAAGAUGCACAAAAGAGAAAGGACAUGCAAGGAUUACAUUAAGGCUGUGGUUGAAACGGUGGACAACCUGCUGCGACCGGAGGCACUGGAGUCCUGGAAAGACAUGAAUGCCACAGAGCAAGUGCAUACAGCCACCAUGCUGCUUGACAUUCUGGAGGAAGGAGCCUUCUUACUGGCUGACAAUGUCAAAGAGCCAGCCCGUUUUGUCACUGCCAAGAAUAAUGUGGUGUUGGAGGUCUCUGUGUUGAAUACAGAGGGGCAGGUGCCAGAUAUUGUGUUCCCACAUGAGUACACUACCAGAAAUUCCAUUCAGCUGUCAGCUAACACAAUCAAGCAAAACAGCCGUAACGGGGUGGUCAAGGUUGUUUUCAUCCUCUACAACAAUCUGGGAUUUUUUCUCUCUACUGAGAAUGCUACCAUCAAACUAGGUAGUGAGGUUGGCUCACUUAGUCCUUCUCUUGUUGUCAACUCACAAGUUAUUGCUGCCUCCAUCAACAAGGAGUCCAGCCGCGUCUUCCUGAUGGAUCCUGUCAUCUUCACCCUGUCCCACUUGGAGGACAAGAACCAUUUCAAUGCCAAUUGCUCUUUCUGGAACUACUCAGAGCGCUCCAUGAUGGGUUACUGGUCCACACAGGGUUGCCGGCUGGUAGAGACCAACAAGACCCACACCACUUGUGCAUGCAGCCACCUCACCAACUUCGCUGUGCUCAUGGCACACCGUGAAAUUUACCAGGGCCGCAUCAAUGAGCUACUGCUGUCAGUCAUCACAUGGGUGGGUAUUGUGAUUUCUCUCGUCUGCUUGGCCAUUUGCAUCUCUACCUUCUGCUUCCUGCGUGGGCUGCAGACUGACCGAAACACCAUCCACAAAAAUCUCUGCAUCAAUCUCUUCAUCACUGAGCUCCUCUUUCUCAUCGGCAUUGAUAAGACACAGUACGAGAUUGCCUGCCCCAUCUUUGCCGGACUGUUGCACUACUUCUUUCUGGCAGCCUUUUCCUGGAUGUGCCUGGAAGCCAUCCAUCUUUACCUCAUGCUGGUUGAGGUCUUUGAAAGUGAAUACUCCCGCAAGAAAUACUACUACUUGGGAGGCUACUGCUUUCCUGCCCUAGUUGUGGGUAUUGCUGCUGCCAUUGACUACCGCAGCUAUGGCACUGAGAAAGUAUGCUGGCUUCGGGUUGACAACUACUUCAUCUGGAGCUUCAUUGGACCCGUCUCUUUUGUCAUUGUUAUCAACCUGGUGUUCCUCAUGAUCACUCUGCACAAGAUGAUCCGCAACACAUCUGUCCUCAAGCCUGACUCUAGCCGACUCGACAACAUCAAGUCUUGGGCACUCGGAGCCAUCACUCUCCUUUUUCUUCUGGGCCUCACCUGGGCAUUUGGCCUCCUCUUCAUCAACAAGGAGUCUAUUGUCAUGGCCUACCUUUUCACCACCUUCAAUGCUUUCCAGGGCAUGUUCAUCUUCGUAUUUCAUUGUGCACUGCAGAAAAAAGUUCAUCGGGAAUUCAGCAAAUGCCUGCGUCAUGCAUCCUGCUGCCUACGGAGCCCACCAGGGGCCACUCUAGGUUCCCUCAAGACCUCAGCUAUCCGCAGCAACAACCGUUACUACACUGGGACGCAGAGCCGAAUCCGGAGAAUGUGGAAUGAUACUGUAAGGAAACAGACUGAGUCCAGCUUCAUGGCAGGUGAUCUCAACAGCACUCCCACCCUUAACAGAGGUACAAUGGGGAACCACUUGCUGACUAACCCCGUGCUGCAGACACGGGGCGGGACCAGUCCCUACAACACACUUAUUGCUGAAUCUGUGGGCUUCAACCCUGCCUCACCUCCUGUCUUCAACUCCCCGGGGAGCUUCCGAGAGUCCAAGCACCCCCUGAACAACAGCCGAGACGCCUGUGGCAUGGACACCCUCCCGCUCAAUGGCAACUUCAAUAACAGCUACUCGCUCCGCAGUGGUGAUUUCCCGGCUGAUGGCACCAAGAUGGCUGAUUGCCGACGCAACCUGAGUGACGCUGCCGCCUUUGAAAAAAUGAUAAUCUCUGAGUUGGUGCAUAACAACUUGAGGGGGGGAGGCAGUGGUGUGGUCAAGGGAGGUGGGGGUUCCACUGAGGCCUCCAACCCCCCCGGGCCACCUCCCCCUCCCAAUGUAGGAGCAGGGGGAGGGGGUACCAACAGCGAGGAUGAUGCCAUUGUGCCUGACGCCCCUUCCUUGACCCAUGAGGAGAACAUGGAAAUUGAACUUAUGUAUAAGGCCUUAGAGGAGCCGCUCUUGCUUCAGAGGGCACAAUCCAUCCUCUAUCAGAGCGACCUGGAGGAGUCAGAGAGCUGCACAGCCGACCUGACAGAAGGAGGUGAUGGCCAAGCCCCUUCCCCCAACAGGGACUCUUUAUACACCAGUAUGACCAACCUGAGGGACUCCCCAUACCCGGACAGCAGCCCCGAGGCAGUUGGGGAAGUGCUUCCUCAUGCCCAAGCCAUCAAUGAAAUCUACUACACCAACCGGCCAGCCUUGGUGCCACGCAACCAGCUCCAGGCCUACUACCAAGUCCGAAGACCCAGCAACGAUGGCUAUUUGGUCCCAGGAAGCUUAGAAAACCCAGCAGUGGAGGGAGAUGGCCAAAUGCAGCUGGUGACCAGCCUUUGAGGGGCUGAAAAGGAACUGAGGGACCACCCCCCC